AUGUCUCGUCGUUUCAAUUCUGAUCAAGCCAGUUCAUUAUACAAACUAUAUUUGAAUGUGAAGACCAGCAUUGAAGCCAAAAUGGUUUCCUAUGAAGGGGAUACGCGGGCUGUUCUGGCAGGUUCCUUGAGACAUUAUGUUGCAGUACUCGAUAACCUUAUCCAUCGCCCGUCUGUUCGUGGCUCACGUGAUUCGAGUUUACGAACACCUGAAGUGAACGAGGACUGGACCAUAUCCCAGUCAUUGAAAAGGAUGAAAUACCAAGUCAAAGCAAUAUGCCUCAUCAUCGACCCAGGCGAAGCUGAUCCUCCGACGAGUAGAGAAGAAGAUGAGCUUUCAAUUACAGCAUAG